AUGUCUCUUAACACCCCAGACCGAGAUUCCUCCUACCCUCCAAACCAACGAGAAGCUUUCAAAACAUCAACCUCGAGAAUAGAUGAUCAACAAGCUCACCAAGGUCAAGAAGUGCCUGAUCCUGUCACAUCUCCGCACGGCACAACAAACGAGCCUACGAUUCCAGCUGUUGAAGCCCAUGAUAUCUCAGCAGCCUCUCAACAUCCGAACUUCCACCCGUUCUUCACACUAGUCGAAGACCAACAAACAGGGGAAUACCAUCACCCAACCGUUCACUACAUCUUCUCCGACGAUGACACAGACAUCAUAACGGCAGCAGCUCUGCGAAGCCUCGAGUCACAACAAGAUGCUUUGUCGAGCAGCAAAAGAGAACAGCUUCAAGAAGAAGAAACCGCACCGCUUACUGGAGAGAAGCCUGUACUUCUCCCGCCUCCUAUCCCCGGUGUACGAGACAACUACCUCGUUUUAGACGUUGAGCCGGUUCCUAUCGAAGAAAACACAACUGCAGCUGCAGCAGACAUACAACCACAAGCUAUCGAUAUCCAUACAGGACCAGGCCAGUUAUCUCCAUCACCGGCGCGACAGGACAACUUGGCCGGGGUAACAGCGAACACGGCGUCUCCAGUUCAGUUUCGAGUGGCGGCAGCGAAGAGCUUCUCUCCAACAUGGCAGGUUCUUCAAACCGAGAUGGUCCCGGCACCAAGGUUCGAGAAUAACGAAUCUAGCGACACUACGGGACAUGGUCUUAUGCUCAAGGUCCAUGGGACAAGCGGGUUGCCGUAUGUUCCUGCGUCUACCAAAGACCAUGGGGCUCAUCGUUUAGAGGAAAUGAUGGAUCAAUUUGCGAAGAGGAUGUCAGAGCUGCAAACUAUUAUCAAUUCUGUGGAAGUGGAUCAUGAUAAUGCCCCCGGUGCGGAAAGUGAGAGCAGGCAGGAUAAAGAACAAGACCAUGACGAGAAUGAGAGGGGAGAUUUACCGGAUGAUGCAAUUGGUGGGGCUUUGCAGAAGGAAGACGUGGUUGAGAGACAAGCUACAGAUGAAGAUGAGUAA